CACACGAACGUUGUCGAUUAACAUUUUUUGGAAAUUCGAAACUAUAAAUCGUCUUUAUAGAAUUUGAAAGUGUCUAAAAAUGUAAAAAUGAAAAAGAAGUAUUUAAAAUAUAUGGUGUGUGUGCUUGUGCUGUGGUACUUGUAUAAUUAUUUUGGAAUCGGUGACUAUUUACACGCAUCGAGCUUCAAAAACGAUUUCCACUAUCCACUCGACGUGGAUGUCAGAGAGCUAGUGAAUGAAGUGUUAACAAACCAGAAGCUCACGGUGACUCCCAUCAACUACUACCCGUACAGCUUCUUGAGCAACUCCGGGAAAUGUUCCAACGUCGAGAAGAUAGACCUAAUGAUCGUGGUCAAGUCGGCGAUGGACCAUUUUGGCCACAGAGACGCCAUCAGAAAAACAUACGGCAAUGAGGAUGUGCCAGGACGGACCGUGAAGAUCCUGUUCUUCUUAGGAGUCGACGGCAAGACCAAGUCGGACGUGCAGCGCCAGAUAGACAGGGAGAUGGCGGAGUUCCACGACAUCAUCCAGAUGGACUUCAUCGACUACUACUACAACAACACCAUCAAGACGAUGAUGUCGUUCCGCUGGGUGUACGAGCACUGCGCGCACGCCGACCACUACCUGUUCACGGACGACGACAUGUACAUCUCCGUCAACAACCUGCUGAGCUACCUCUACGAGCGGGACGCGACGCGCACGCCCGCCGCCGGCUCGCUCGACUCGCCUGGCGAGCUGCAGGGAGACUUGCUGUUCACCGGGUACGUGUUCCACUCGGCUCCGCAGCGGUUCCGGUUCAGCAAGUGGCGCGUGUCUCUGGAGGAGUACCGCUGGGACAGGUGGCCGGACUAUGUGACGGCUGGAGCCUACGUCCUAUCCAACAAAGCUUUGCGUGUCAUGUACAUCGGCAGUUUGUUCGUACAACACUUCCGUUUCGACGACAUCUACUUGGGCAUAGUGGCGAAGAAGGUGGGCAUCACGCCAGAGCAUUGCCCACACAUUUAUUUCUACAAAAAAGAAUUCUCCCGCGACGCCUACAAGAACGUGAUAGCGUCGCACGGUUAUCACGACCACGACGAGCUCAUCAGGGUUUGGAACGAGAUGAAUAGCAAAUAUUUUAUGAGAUGAAUUCGUUAUUUAGGCCCCACCAUAUUGAACAUAGAGAAUCACAUAGAACCUGGAAGUAGCAAGGAAAACUAAUGCACCUAGUUAUCAAAAUGGGUCUAGUGACUCCUACUUACCUUCUCUUCCAAUUGUGUUGUGGUGGUAUUUUUCUCGAUGUUUGAAUCUUUAAUAAUUAAGUGUAACGUUACUUUCCGCGCGGACCUCAAAGAGAUUACCAAAGACGGGCCCGCCUGGGCCGAUCCUCGACCAGACUGAAGUUACCGCGGCCCUGCUCGCAGCGGGAGUUGAAACGAGGUAGAGUAUUUUAGCCAGUGUGUCUGACACUUCCUCUCAUUAACAUCUCUCAUAUUUUUGACAUCAGAAUCUCGUAUAAAAAUAGAAAAAUAUUCAACUGAUGACCACUGUUCUAAAUAAAAGGCUGUACCUAAGUACUUGGGUAUAAAUAAAA